AGUGCGAGCAAUCCUGGCACAGAGGCUGGUGACCUUAACAAAGCUGGGUGCAUUGCUUCCACGCGACAUAGGUGUUGUGAGGCUGCUUUGACAUCCAGCUGCAGGCCUGCCAGCUCUGAUGCCCAGGCUGUUUGUGAAGGUGCCGGUGCCAACACCAGAGUUCCUAAUCCUGUGAAUGUAUUGCAUGGUGGAGGAGGCAAAGUUUACUUGAAUGCAACAUUUGAUAACUUUAUUUCUUUUAGGCAAAGCUUUGAUGAGUGGUGCAGAGAGGGCAAGCACAUAGUCACAAUAAAUAAGUCUCAAAAAAGUCCAUUUGCAACAGAAUCUAAAGAGUUUGAGUAUAUUAGGAUUUCAUAUUGCUGUGUUCAUGGUCGUCCCAUAAAACCAAAAGGCACAGGAAAGCGACCCAAGCAAGCAUACAAUGGUACUGGUUGUGAAAUGGCAGUAUCGGUGAGCCUGUGGAAAUCGCCUACUCUGCACUAUAAGAUAAUCAAGCUGCAAACUAAGCAUAAUCACACAACGAAUUAUUAUGACUUGUAUCCUCAUAGCAGGCUUCUGAACGAUGCAGAGAAGGCAGAAUUCUUUGAUUUUGCCAAAUGUAAUAUUGGCCCAAAGCAUUUUAAAAAUUUGGUCGAACAGAAAACAGGCAAGAAGUUAACUACGAAAGAUGUUAACAAUUACAAGCAAAGGUUUUCUAUUCCUAUUCGCAACGAGCAGGCUCACGGAGAAAUGGUUUUAGAAAAAAUACACACCUUGUUAGCAAAUAAUCCAAACUGGGUCAUUCACUAUGAAAAAAAUCAAAAUAAUAACCUGCAAUUUGUGCUGCUUCAGGCAACGCACAUGCGUGAGAUUUUGGAAAAGUAUCCAGAAAUUUUAUUUAUUGAUGGAACAUAUAAAGUAAAUAUUGAAGGCUAUAUCUUGUACUCUAUUUUGAUUGAAGACGGUGGAGGUCGUGGGAGACCUGUGUGCUAUGCCUUUUUACGAAAUGAAACGACUGAAAUUGUGCAGGCUAUGUUUGCCAAGUUCGCAGAUUUUAACCCGUUUGUUGUGUCGGCUUGCAGAGUAGUCAUGAUAGAUAAAGAUAUGAAUGAGCUACGCAUUUUGACCAAGAUUCUUCCUAAUUCUGAAAUUUUGUUGUGUACAUGGCAUGUGCUGCACUGCUUUCAGCAAAAGGUAAAUGAGAAAGCUAGACUCCAGCGUGAUCAGUUACUUCCUCUCCUAAAAAAAAUUGUUUAUUCCUUCACGGUACAGGACUACUUAGACAGGCUUGCUGAGCUCGAAGCUAUGGCUUCUAAAGAUUUUAUUUCUUAUUACAUGCAGAACUGGCACUCCUGUAAAGAAAUGUGGGUACAUGCAUAUCGGCAAAAACUGCCUACAUUUGGUAAUAACACAAAUAAUCGCAUUGAGUCUCACAAUCAAAAGAUUAAAAGUUAUCUCACUUCAAGCAUGCAUUUGGUUCAAGCCAUAGAAGCAUUAGUAAGUUAUAUUGACACAGAUUUCUUAUCUCUAAAAUUUUCCAAGUUUAAGGAAAUGAAGCUGAACCUAAAUAUAAAUGAUGCCAUUGAGCCAUUUCAGCUAGCCUUGUCCCGUAAUUGUACUUCUGAGGCCACAGGUAAAGUACUAGAGCAGUAUGAACGGUUUAAAAAGGUAGAUUAUCUGGUCACGUCCACCACUAAUUCUUAUGUAGUGGCAUCUGCAAGUUCUGAGCACAGUGUUUCAUUAUGCCUGACGCGUUGCAUGUGUGCUUUUUAUAAUCAGUACAGUUUGCCUUGUGCCCACAUUUUAGCAGCUCGCCAUUUUGCCCAGCAAGACCUUUUCGACAAAGCAUGCAUACCGGACAGGUGGUGCAAGGAUCAUUUCCUGAGCGACAGCUGCAUGGCCUCUGGUGCCACACCAGUAGUGACAAGCAGCAUUCAGAUGCCACCAUCUGUGAAGCUGGACACUGUACAAGAAAAAUGUACCACCUGCGUGCAUUCACUACCAUCAAGUCAUCAGGAACGCGUGCACCUCUAUGUGAAUUGUACGCUAUUUUGUCUAAGAUGAAAAAUCAGACUUGUAUAGUUUGCUGUAAUGGUUCUGCCAAUAAAAGUUUGGU